CAUGUAUUUGCCUGUUUGUGGAUUCGUCCUCGUUUUCAGUCGCACAGUCGUUUUUGCCUUCAAUUUAUCCUAGACCACAAGGUUCAUUCUCAGUCUCGUGAUUUACUGUUCUACUCGAUUCGGGUUCAUCUGGUUAGCUGCUAAAAAAUGGCGGAACGUUCCAAUUCAGCAUCAAUUGAUAAACAGAGCGUCAGUACCGCAAAUAACAAACGCGAAGGCCAUUUUGAUAACUCCGAUUCCGUGAUCAAGAAAUUGAGAAACGACACGCAAGAGGAGCCAAAGGCUGAAAUCUCCGUCCAAAAUGACUCGAAAAAUGGAAGUGAAUUAUAUUUUGAAAUAGAAGCUGAUGUUGCUGAGGAUAAGGGUUCAAGGCAUACCAUGGAGGACGCUUCCGUUGUUCUUCCUGAUGCUAGCCUCGAAUUUCCCGGGAAAUUGAGAUGUGCUCAUUUUGCAAUAUAUGAUGGACACGGAGGUCGAUUAGCUGCUGAGUAUGCCCAGAAGCAUUUACAUGCCAAUGUUCUAUCUGCAGGCUUACCACGUGAGUUGUUGGAUGUUAAAGCAGCCAAAAAGGCGAUACUUGAGGGAUUUAGGAGAACCGACGAGUCUCUUCUUGAGGAGAGCACCAAAGAAGCAUCGACAGGUGGUUGGCAAGAUGGUGCUGCUGCAGUAUGUGUUUGGGUAUUAGGCUCCAAAGUGUUUGUUGCUAAUAUUGGAGAUGCCAAGGCAAUUUUAGCUCGGUCAUCCCUGGCUGACGGUUCAAACAACAGUUCUGAUGGAUCAACUCCAAUAAAGGCCAUAGUCUUGACCAGGGAACACAAGGCUAUAUAUCCACAAGAACGUGCACGCAUCCAAAAAGCUGGGGGAUCUGUCAGUUCUAAUGGACGACUACAAGCACGCCUUGAAGUUUCCAGAGCUUUCGGAGAUCGGCAGUUCAAGAAGGUUGGUGUUAUCGCAACUCCAGAUGUUCAUUCAUUUGACCUUACUGAGAGAGACCACUUCAUCAUUCUUGGCUGUGAUGGCUUGUGGGGGGUUUUUGGGCCAAGUGAUGCUGUUGAUUUUGUUCAGAAGCUACUAAAGGAGGGGCUACCUGUGUCAGUUGUGAGUCGUCGCCUUGUGCGGGAGGCAGUCCGUGAGCGUCAAUGCAAAGAUAACUGCUCCGCUGUUGUAAUUGCUUUUAGGAAAAAACAGUAGAACUAUUGUUAAAAAACAAUCUUUAGAAGAAUCUAGGCAACCAAAUUUGGUCUUGCUCUCUUUCGUUCAUGUUCAUUAUAAUUGUGUGUUGUAUCUUCAUGUCUUCUAGUUUAGUUGCAGAUUGUACGGUUAAGAUUUCUUGGCUUUUGACCAAAGCUGUACAAUUUGUUGGUAGAAUCGGGCAGUCUUAAAAAGCCUUUUCUGCUCAAGACUGUUGUGCGUGCUGUAUAAAGCUGCUUGUGUUUUAAAAAGUAAACUUGUGCUUCUGUAGUUUAA